UCCUUUGUUUCCACUUUUGGAGCACUGUAUCCAUUUAGAUACCAAUGAAGAUCCUCAUCCCCUUUUGAGGCAGAAAAAAAGAAAGUUUUUUAUCACUAAUGUAACGUUAGAAUUCCGAUGAAGCAAACCUUUUUAUUCCAUCGGCAUCCGUCCGCUGUUUCCCAAGUGCUCUCAUUCCAAAGAACAAAGAAAACGGUCGUUAUCUCUGAUAAUCUUCCAUUCUCUCGCCAUUUCAGGAAAUCAAGAAAUGACCCGCCACUGCAAAUGAUCCGAACUUCCGUUUUCAAAACCGAUCAAACCAAGACCCUUACUUGGCUCGUACAGAGAUGCAAAUCCUUGAACCAAUUGAAGGAACUCCACGCCCACCUCCUCAAGUUCGACCUACCUGACAACCCAGCCAGCAUCGGACCUCUCCUCUCCUUUGCCGCCACUUCCAAAAACGGUUCCUUUUUCUCCUAUGCUCGGUCGAUUUUCCGAUAUCUUCGCAAGCGCAACGCUUUCGUUUACAAUACCAUGAUCAGAGGCUACGUCCAAUCAAAUCCACCUGUGAGCUCAGUGUUAUGCUAUUUGGACAUGUUAGAAUCCGGCAUUGCUGCCAACAACUACACUUUCCCGCCAUUAAUUAAAGCUUGUACUUUGAUGGGUUCAGAUUCUGUGCCAGUUGGUCGUUUAGUUCAUGCCCAUGUAGCCAAGUCUGGAUUUUGCGAUGACCCUUUUGUGGUCAGCGCGUUAAUAGAGUUCUAUUCCUCCGCCUGCAACUUGGAGACUGCACGGAAGUUGUUCGAUAGAAGUUCCAAUAAGGAUGUGGUAAUCUGGACAUCAUUGAUAGAUGGUUACGGGAAAGCAGGGGAUGUGGAGAGCGCAAGAGAACUGUUUGAAAAAAUGCCUUUUAGGAAUGUAAUCUCGUGGAGCGCAUUGAUUGCAGCUUAUUCUCGGGUUGGCGACUUCAAAGAGGUGCUCCGUCUGUUUUCACAGAUGCAAGAAAUGGUUAUUAAACCGAAUGAAUCAGUUCUAGUCAGUGUCCUUACUGCUUGUGCCCACCUAGGUGCGGUCACACAAGGACUGUGGGUCCAUUCGUACGCCAAACGGCUCAAGUUCGAGUCUAAUCCCAUCUUGGCUACUGCAUUGAUUGAUAUGUACUCAAAGUGUGGUUUCGUGGAGUUGGCUUUAUCGGUUUUCAAUGAUAUGCCUGUCAAAGAUGCCAGGGCAUGGAAUGCUAUGAUUUCCGGGGUCGCAUUAAAUGGAGAUGGGAGAAAAUCCCUCAAGCUGUUCCAUGAAAUGGUUAACCACGGGAUUCGACCCACAGAGACCACAUUUGUAGUUGUACUCACUGCUUGUACUCAUGCAGGACUUGUUAUGGAGGGCCUCAGUUUGUUUGCAGAGAUGGGCUCUGUAUAUAACAUUGAACCGAGAAUGGAGCAUUUGGCUUGUGUUGUGGAUCUCUUGGCUCGAUCAGGACUAGUGGGCGAGGCCGAGGAGUUUGUAGAGAAAAAGAUGGGGGGAAUCGAGGGAGCAGAUGUUAAUGUCUGGGGAGCUUUACUAAGUGCGUGCAGAGUUUAUGGAAAUGUUGAGCUUGGGAACAGGAUUUGGAGAAGGCUAGCCGAGAUGGGAAUCAAUGACUGCGGGAGCCAUGUCCUCUCUUAUAAUAUGUACCGGGAAGCAGGGUGGGAACAUGAGGCGAAGCAAGUGAGGAAGUUGAUUUCCGAUGCAGGAAUGAUGAAGAAGCCGGGAUGCAGUGUGAUUGAGUUGGAUGGCAUAGUCGAGGAGUUUGUUGCUGGCGAUUUUCGUCAUCCGAAGGCUGAAGAGAUGUACAAGUUGCUCAAUUCCUUUCCCCGGGUGUCGCACUCGGAAUAAUCACAUGCCUCUUAAAAUUAGAACCAUUUUUUUUUCCUCAGAUGAUACCAAAUGUAAGCUCUACUUUGUAUGCAUCUCUAUCCCUAUUAAAUUCCAGAAA